CGAAAACAUUGUGUGCAAGAAAAAAACAAAAAACAAAGGCAGAUUCAAGAUCAGGAGGGAAAAAAAAUUAAUAUAUUGGUCAGGUGGUGCCUGGUAUCCUCCAAACCAGAUGCCUGACAUUCAUGCCAAAGAGGUCAGUCUUUGUCUCAUCAGACCACAGUAUUUUCUUUCUCAUGAUCCGUGUCAGUGUUGAAAAUUUGCAGUCUUUAAUUCCCCCGAACAUUCAUGUUUUUGUGAACGUGGGAGGACGCAAGAUAGAUGAAAUGCAAACCCACAAACUCAGAACCGAGAGGCUUGACAUCACCUAUUACAAACAAAUAUAUUUGUGAAAUUAUUGUUUGGCUUUCUUUGCAAAUUGUAACAUUGCUGCAUGAGAGAACGAAAUUAAAUGUAAAGAAGCAUGUCACACAGUAAGAAAUACUGUAUUGUAUUUUUUUUUCAGUUGUUCCAUAAAGACUAAUAUGUAUACAUUUUUUUCAUAUUUUUAAAAGAUUACACAACUCCUGUUUGCUUCCUUUGCUGCAGACGCAACUGUAUUAAAAAUAUAAGAUGCCGUUUUUCAGUGUAGUGUAGCAGCAUGUGAGCUGCAUGCUUCCUCCCACCAAGAUACUGCCCCCACGCACUGGAACGACAGCCAUCAGGAAUAUAACGCACGCACGCACGCACGCACGCACGCACGCACUACAACUGAGCAGUCAUGCAAAACCUGGUUCAACGAUAAUUAUCUGAAACAAAACUACUGCUGGAGGUCCUAAGUAAUUAUUAAAUGCUUAGUUACUGAACACGUAUUUGGGGAAUAUUUUCUAUCAUGUUGGCGUGUCACGUUUUCCAGUUAAACGUUAACCUGCGCUUAACUGUUCACAGACGGUCUAUUGUAAUAUUUAAAUACCUUAACACCCACACAAUAGACUUCAUGUCGUUAUUUUUACUGGUUUUACUGGUCAGCAGUGGAUCCGUUUUGUUCUGCUUUUUUGGUGUGCUUCACCUCCUUUUGUUCAUCACGAUUUGCACACGUGUAUCACAGUAUGGGGCAGUUCCGAAUUUCAAGUUACCUUCCGUGUAGUAGCACAUUUGCGCUACAACAUGCCUCGCAGCACUGAUGUCCACUGCGAAAGCUGCAGUGUAAUUAACUUCAAGAGGCAGAGAAGGUCCCCAACUACUACAGAGCACAUAGAAUAAAUGCCCCGCUGGCCUGCCGCAGCUCGCCGAAAUGUCUUCCCCCUGAGCCCGACGCCGUCUCCUCCCCGGAGCCGGGAUGCCGGUGCAGGCCGCGCAGUGGACGGACUUUCUGUCCUGUCCCAUCUGCUACAACGAGUUCAACGGUAGCGGCCAGCAGCCCGUCAGCCUGGGCUGCUCGCACACGGUGUGCCGCACCUGCCUGCACAAGCUGCACCGCAAAGCCUGCCCCUUCGACCAGACGCCCAUCAGCACGGAUAUCGACCUGCUGCCCGUCAACUGUGCCCUGCUGCAGCUGCUCGGAGCUCAGGUUCCGGAUGUGCAGCCAGUCAGCCUGAGCAGUGCGACAGAUGUUGGACACUAUGAGGCCUGCAGGGUGUGUGUGGAAGAGCUGGCGCUAUACCUCAAACCGAUUAGCGGCACUAAAGGCGUGGUGCCUCCGAGUCCGAGCGCACUCAGCCGUCCCAUGCAGAGGAAGCUGGUGACGCUGGUCAACUGCCAGCUGGUGGAGGAGGAAGGCCGCCUGCGGGCCGUACGAGCGGGCCGGUCGCUGGGGGAGCGGACGGUGACCGAGCUCAUCCUGCUUCACCAGAACGCCCAGCAGCUGUCCGCCAACCUCUGGGCUGCGGUGAGGGCGCGGGGAUGCCAAUUCCUCGGGCCUGCCAUGCAGGAGGAUGCCCUGAAGCUUGUGCUGUUGGCUCUGGAGGACGGUUCGGCACUGUCCAGGAAGGUGCUGGUGUUGUUUGUUGUGCAAAAGUUGGAGGGGCGCUUCCCUCAGGCUUCCAAAACAAGUAUUGGCCAUGUGGUGCAGCUUCUCUACAGGGCGUCUUGCUUCAAGGUAACCAAGCGAGAUGAAGACUCCUCACUGAUGCAGCUGAAGGAGGAAUUCCGCACGUACGAAGCUCUCAGGAGAGAACACGACGCCCAAAUUGUGCACAUCGCCAUGGAAGCUGGCCUCCGCAUCUCGCCCGAGCAGUGGUCUUCUCUGCUGUACGGGGACCUGGUCCACAAGUCGCACAUGCAGUCCAUCAUUGACAAGUUGCAGUCUCCAGAGUCAUUUGCAAAGAGUGUCCAGGAGCUGACCAUCGUCCUGCAGAGGACAGGAGACCCAGCCAACCUCGCCAGUCUCAGAGCUCACCUCGAGCUGCUGGCCAACAUAGACCACAAUACAGAUGAUGCAGCACCAUCCUGGGAAGAGCUAGAAAAUGUGAUGUUGGCUGUGAAGUUGGCGGUUCAUGGCCUGGUAGAAUUCAUCCAAAACUUCAGUAAGAAAGGCCACGAGGCCCCACAGCCUCAGGCGAACAGCAAGUAUAAGACGAGCAUGUGCAGAGAUCUUCGUCAUCAGGGAGGUUGUCCGAGAGGAAGUAACUGCACAUUUGCACACACGCAGGAUGAACUUGACAAAUUUCGCCUGAAGAACAAGAAGAGCGGAAGUCUUAGCCGUGCAUUCCCUCCAUCCGGUGGUAAAACCUUCACAGCGGAGGGCAGCAUCCACACUGACGGGGCCGCGGGAGUUGGAGAGGACACCCUGAAGGAAGGUGGCGCUCACCCACAACUCAUCUCCAGAGUAGCUGAGCCCAUGGACGACAUUGCGAGAGUCGUGCCCAGCGAAUCCGUUGGGGCAAGUGGGUCCAACGGGCCAAGUGGCGCCGGCAUGACCUUCCUGGGUUCGGCUGAACAGAAGCCCGCGUCCCCUCCCAGAACUCCCGUCAGCCACUCCGCAGCGUCGUUUCCUUUGACUGCCAUGGGACGGGUGACCGAUGGCGGCGGGGGCUCAGUGUCCAAACACGGUGGUCCCCUCAUGCUACGAGUGCCUCAUCCUCCUCAGGCCUCGGAGCUGUUCUACCAGGAGCAACAAUCUGCGUACGACGCGGCCCGCUACCAGCCAAACUCAGGUUCCUACUACCCAUCUACUCUCCACCCUCCACACAAACCCUGCAUGGCUCGCUUUCUCAGAUCUUCCAACGUCCCAGAAUCCUCUUUGCCGCCGUCCCCCUUUCCCGGCGAGCCUCAGAUAGCCCAUCAAAACCCCUCCUCUCCUUCCACGGGAUAUCCACCGCAUCCACCGAGAGAGCGCAUGGGAACCGCCGUCUUCCACCACCACCCAGGGCAACCUCCGUAUGGACCUCUGGCUUCUGCCCACGGGGUUUAUGCGCCACUUUACGACAGCAGAAGAGUGUGGAGACCUCAGCUGUACCAUCGAGAGGACGCCAGGAGUAAUUCGUUGCCUCCGGAGGUGCUGCAUUCCUCCGUCUACCAGCCUCCACUCAGGGAGAGAUUCAACUCGCUAGACAGCAACUUCUGCUCUGGAUCCGAGCACCGUGUGGCGCUGCACAGGGAGUACGGCCGGGUACCCGUGGUCUACGACGACCUAUUCCGACGUAAGCAAGAGCAGUGGGCGCAUCACCACCACCAUCAUCAUCAUCAUCAUCACAGCACCAGCAGGCCCUCACAGCCUUCAGCCAUUUUCAACGUCGACUUCGGACCCGAGCAUGUGGAGACCAGUGCAGGUCAGUGUAUGGGGUGCCGCUUCAGAGGCGAGGAGAGCUUGGCGCACUACUCGCCGUGGUCCUGCGGCUCGACUGUUGGCCCCUGUCUCAGCCCCUUUGAACCUGAGGCGCUCACACCAACUGCGUCUCACUCCGCCUUGGAGCAGUCGCAGUUGGACGGCUGCAGCAGUGGCAGCGGCGGAGGUGUGAGCAGCGACGGCAGCGUCACUUGCGGCGGCGUCCCAAAGUGCUGGCUUCACUCGUCAGAUCACUACAGGAGACUGAAAGAAGAGGAUCCCAUCAUUCCCUUCAGCGAGGGGCCCAUUAUCUCCAAGUGGGGGGCCAUAUCCAGGGCGUCUCGCUCGGGCUACCACACCACUGAUCCCGUCCAGUCCACCGCUUGCCAGGCUGGCGCUAGCACCACGCCCGUCAACUUUAAAGAUUAUAACUGCCCCUUGGAUCGCAGCGAGUACAGAUGGUGCUCAAGGGGAUCUGAUUCUUCCAGCCACUCCAGCUUCCGAGAAAGCCACCAGACAACCUUCAGCCAAGAUCGGGACUGUGACAAGAGCGAACCGGGCCCCGAACGAGACAUUGAGCUUGAGCUGCGCGCUCUGGACUUGGAGGACUCGGAGCCACAGGACAUCACGUCUCAGGAUUCUUUGGAGCUGGCCGCGCCAUACUCCGAAGAUGCUUCUCACCUCCUGGCACCGACUUGCUCCUCUUCGUUGCUGUCAUCCCCGCUCAAGGAACACCAUGCUGAGGACACUUCAAUGGAUAAAAUGGACACUUACCUGCUGAAAAAGAUGGCCUUCAGGAAGUCGCUGUCACCCAUAGGCUUGGUCUCGGGAGGUCUGGCCGUCGGCAAGCUGGUGCUGCGGACGGGAACGCCUCGGCCCGGCGGCGACUCCUCCCCUCGCUCUUGUCCCGAAGCGCCCGGGACGGAGAUGCUGCUUAGUGGAAGCUAAGGGAUAUUUCAUAUCACAACAACAUCACCCUCCACACGCACUUUGACAUCAAAUGACAUAGUUUACAUAAAAUUAAUUCUGUUGUGGUUUUAACACAGCAGGACCCCCAAGCCCCACCAAACCCCGCCCCCAUGUGAAGGUGAGAAUGACUAAUUUAUAAAUGUCUUUUUUUUUUUUGUGCUAUGAAUUUAAAACGAUUGCGCAUACUUUUUUUGUAUUGCUCGUGCCUUGGAAAAACAUCUGUCUUUUUCUAUGACGCAUGAAUACAGUCCUUUCAUGGACUAGAUUUAUUCGUCCUUUAUUCGUCUCACGAUGGGCAAAUUUGCGACAUUUCAGCGGCAAUAGUGGACGCGCGAAAGGGAAAAAAAAAAGAUAUAGCAUGCGACGGUAGAAAAUGUACCAAUUUUGCAUGCUGAAGCACAAUAACGCAGUUCUACUAUUUCUACCACUCCGACUACUUCUAAUAAUAAUUUAUUACUGGUUUCACAUCCAGUGGCACCACCAAAGUCCGAAUGAUUUUCCCAUAGGAAAUAAUGUAAAAUGAGCUCAAAUUGUGCAACAAAAACAAAUUCCUGACAGGCGCGUUGAGAGGCAGCGGGUCUUAAAGGUACCACAUACGGUACUUCCUUUAUGCUUAUAUUGUAGUGAGGGUCCAGACUUUUCCUGGUUAUUGUCACACUUUUCAAAUGCGGAAAGAAAAAAAAUCCUCGUACAAAAUUAGUUUUUCCUAAAGUGACCCCAAAUACACACAAAUGGAUUAAAAAUGUCAGUCCUUUACACAGAUGAUGCAAUGUUGCUGGACACUGAAAUUUCUGAUUUACCACCGUUUGUUAAAUCACGGAAAAAGGCUGCUAAUGGCAGUAAAAGAGUCAAAAGCAUAUCGGAAAUAAUCCUACGGUAGUUUGUGUGGUUGCGUAAGGAGCACAAGUCCAACAGAGCACUUGCAAAAUGUAGAUUAAGAUUAUUCAUUCAUUUACAAUUGUCAGGCAGGCUAUUAGAUUGUUUGGAAAAGAUCUGUAAUUCAUAACUUCACACGGACAAUGAUGAAGAUAUUUUAAAAUGAAUUAAAAAAAAUCAGGAUUCAUUGUGGUCAUCUGAUGAUGGCAUCAGGCUCGAUGCAUCAAGCAAACAUGACACCACGCGUUUGGCGGUUAGCUUUGGAAUCUCAUCCCCAGCGGGAGCGGACAACAAAUGUCUUGUCUGCGCCAUGACUCAAAAUAAGGCUUUUCUUCUGCAUGUCAUAUGAUGCUUUGAACUGGAGCCACCAAGGAAUGGCCGAUGGCGCCGUCAUGAGGUCCCAUGACUUUUGCGCCGUUAUUCAUUGCUGCAGGUGACACCAGAAAACACGUUAUCGCACCGGUAUCAAGUCAAUUAAAGGUUGCCAUCCUUGCCAUUUGUUGUACACACAAAAUAUGAUAUUAACCCUCUGGUGCAUGGAUUAUGAAAGCCUGAAUCAAUGUUUUUUUUUCUUCUUCCUAAUGCAUAAGAAAAACAAAUCUGUGAUUCUUCAAACUUUUUUAAGUGUGCCGGAUAAGUAUUAUCCAACAACAUCCCGCACUAUCUCAACAGCCACAUCAUUGAAAUGUCUCUGAAUGUUUCUUUCAAAUAAAGGGGAGCCGCAGAGAGCAUUUUAAAAACCCGUUCGGAAAUUCCAUCGUAGAAACCAUUGCAUGUAGAAGAAAAUGGCUCUUAAAAUCCUGUGCACUGUAGUAACCGCGUUGCACCAGAGACUGGGGUGUGGAACCUAAAGCCCGUGGGCCAUAUAUACGGUCCCGUAAAAGCAAAUAUAACUAGAACUCAAACCUAAGAAGCACUGUCAUGAAAGCCCCCUGCUAACAUUGAAUCUACCUGCAUGGUAGUGGUUGUGUUCCCUUCUGGUCUUUGUUUUGUUUGUGCAUUUUAUCCAGCCGCUAACUUCUGUGAAGUUGUUUGUCCGAGUAUUUCGUAUCAGGACUGCAAUCACGAUAUUUGAAAAUGUUCACGGUGUCGUAAAUAUAAAACCCGGCGAUGUGCAUACAUAUCCUCUGCACUGUAUAUGCAUAUCCUAGUCAUAUUUUGUUAUGGAAUAUGAGAACCGCUUGGGAAAUUAGUAUUUUGUACGCUUUUUGUAUGUCAACCAAGUUCAGCUCUGUGAGCCACUGUUGCGCCGCAUCUGUUUACAACACUUUUCAAGUCAUCUCAAGUGCCAUCGAAUGAACGGUUAGCAAAAACUGUGAGAUAAUAUUUUUGUUAUCAAACUUAACCUGAGGUUUCAUCAGUAAAGAAUUUUGUUGCUCCGCAGUUAUCGUCACGCCGUUAAAUUAUCUGUGCAAGUACCGUGUUUCCUCAGAUAGCGGCCCAAGGCAAUGUGGUACUUAACUGUUCAUGUUCAAACUGUGCAUAAUGUUACAGUGACUUGCAAGAGUAUUUUUUUUUUUCAGCAGCAUGCUACUUGUUUGCUCAUUCACGCUGAUUAUUAUUCUUAUAAUUAUUAUUAGUUGUUGUGAUUCUAUUCAUGGUUUGGGUUCUAAGAACUUGUACGUCUUAACCCUUGAUAUUAUAUGGGGGGUGGAGGGUGCCUAUUUGUUAAAUGUGAAACAUAAACAGAUGAACUGAUGUUUUCCUGUUACUCAUGUCUGUAUUAGACGCUUUAUUCGCAAAUCUGUUGUUUGGUUGAAACUAUUGAAGAGAUGGUACGCAUCCAUCCUUGUAUCUAGUCCGGCGCCAUCUAUCGAUGGAUUGCUCGGUUUAUUUAUCUGACCCGAUCAGAUUUGGUUGAAGGUUCGAGUCAGUGGGACAGUUGUCUAAUGUUUCAGAAGGAAGAAAAUGAAAAUCCUUGAGAGACAGUAUAAUGUAACACGUCCCUUCAUUGAAAUAAUACAGUUAUGUAUUCCAUUUAUUUCCUUGGAAAUGUCACUUUGCGAAAGGUUUCCUUUUUAUGAAAUGCUAAUGCUUGAUGACACUAAAGUCUACGUGUUGAUGAAGAUUGACUUUUAAAUGAUUCAUUUCGAUGGCCGUCGUGUGAGCAGCUGGCUAUUGUGAGCGUGGCUGUGUGGGGUGUUUCCUUGUCUUUUCUUGCAUAUGACAGUGAUGUUAAGCAACAAAGUGCUUCUGUGUUGCACUGUGAGCUGAGACCGGAUGCAUGCAACAAUAAAGCAACUGUAAACUUCA